CGGUGCGCGAGUUCCGGAAUCCGGCCGGAAGUCGGGGAGCGACGAGUGUCCUAGGGCCGAGAGCGGGCCGUGCCGUGCCGGGCGGGCCGGCCGAGGAGCCGGGACUCAGCCACCGCCGCCAUGGUGUUCUACUUCACCUCCAGCGUUGUUCCCGCCGUUUACAGCAUUUACAUGGGAAAAGAUAAAUAUGAAAAUGAAGACCUGAUAAAAUAUGGCUGGCCUGAAGAUAUUUGGUUUCAUGUGGACAAGCUCUCGUCUGCACACGUGUACCUCCGACUGCACAAGGGGCAGACAGUGGAUGAUAUUCCCAAAGAAGUUUUGAUAGACUGCGCCCAUCUAGUGAAGGCCAAUAGCAUUCAAGGCUGCAAAAUGAACAACAUCAAUGUGGUGUACACGCCAUGGACCAACCUGAAGAAAACGGCUGACAUGGACGUGGGACAGAUAGGAUUUCACAGACAAAAGGAUGUGAGAACAGUGACAGUGGAGAAGAAGGUGAAUGAGAUACUGAACAGGCUAGAGAAGACCAAAGUGGAGCGGUUCCCCGACCUGGCCGCUGAGAAGGAAGCCCGGGACAGAGAGGAGAGGAAUGAGAAAAAAGCCCAGAUCCAAGAGAUGAAACGGAAAGAGAAGGAGGAAAUGAAGAAAAAGAAAGAAAUGGAAGAUCUCAGGAGCUACUCUUCGCUAAUGAAGUCUGAGAACAUGUCUUCCAACCAGUUGGAAUUACAGAACAAAAGCCAAGGAGAAGGGACCUGCAUGAUUACAGGGAAAGGGAGUCUCUUUCCUGUAACGUCCUCUAGGGAUGUUAAACAGGCCAAGGAAACAUCUGCUCCUUUCUUUCCUCUCCAUUCGGUUGCAUUCAGAGUUGCUUGUCAGCAGAGGUGAGGCAGUUUUGUGUGGGAAGGAUGACAGAGUGCUAUGGUGGGACAGCCGCCGAAAGGAGAGAGAAUUUGAAGUGAAAUUCUGUUUUUCCUUUUGCCUGGUUAGUCCAGUGUCUGGUUUGUCUUGGGGCUGGGGGAAUCACCAAUCUUUGUAAUACUCUGUGACUAAAGGUGUGCGUAGCCCUUAAACCAAGGGUGGCUCGCUUGUCCUGAGGAGUAGGCAAUCUAAAGGCCAACUGAAGCCAAGACAUGGGACAACAGACCAGGGGACUAUAGAGAGGCAUCUAAGAUUGCUUGAAGAGGUGGAUUUGGAGGAGGAGAGAAGGGAGCAUCUUGUGUUAGAAGCCACAUGUUACGAGAGACAGAGCUGGGAGUCAGAGCAGUGAGACAAGGACUGAGAGAGCAGGACAAGCAUAAGGAAAAUGAGCGCUGAGAGGGGAGCUGGGUUACAUAAGGACCUAAGCUGAGUGAGGAAAGCAUCGUUUCCCUGGUGCGUACUAGGGCUCUUGCUUUGUGCCUGGUAUCCUUCCUCUGAAAGCAAGUACCCUCCCUCCCUUGCUGUUGCAUUGGUGAUACCUCUAGGCAAACAAGGAGCUCAGAGUGCCUCACACAAAUCUUUAUUUAAAAUCUGUUCACCCAUCACAUCCCCAGAGGCUCAGCAGCUGCUUGAGAUAGGUUUAUGGUUUUCGUGGCUUUGUGGGUUUUUUUUUGGUGACUCUUCUGGCUGGUUUCCGGAUCAUAGGUGAGCAUGCUAGGGGAAAAAGAACUGUGGGGUUUAAGCAGCGGCAGUUCCUGCUAUGCAUGUGCAGGCUGUGUCUGGUUAGUGACAUGCCUUGUGAGGAAAUGUCCAUGUGUGGGGUCAUCACCCCUCUCUGUGUCUAAGACCCACAUGUGUUGUCAGAUUGAUGCCUUUAAGCUGGGGUCAGCUCAAGUUGUGGUCACAAAGGGUCGAUACACAGGAGUGCUGGCAAGAGACUGAUUUCCACUUCAUGGCCCGAGUCACAUGAUAUAGGAAAGGUUACUAAAGUCACCAGUUCAGGGGUUAUCAGAGCUUAAUCCCCAGUCCUCUGCCUCCCAGGGUUACCUGUGGAUGGAUGACCUGCAGCACUGGGAACUUGUGGAGCCCAUUUCCUGGAUGGCUAGCAAGCACUGCAGAUUUUAUAUUUCAUCUGUAUCCCGUACAGUUGGCUGGCUGGGUCCCAGGCUUUGAGUUGGAGGGGAAAAUCUCUCAGUGGGGCAUACUUCUUGAAUGAGCAGGAGAAUACUUAUAUUCAACAUGUGAAAUGUUAGCAGCAAAAUCCAAAGAACCUAGCUUUGGGAUUUGGUAGUUUCAGAACUCCGACCGUGAACCUUUUGAGUAAGCCUGGGCUGAUUUUGUGGCCUUUGUAUCAAAACCAGAAAAAACUCAGCUAUUUCCUUUAAAUGAUGGGAGAGGCUGCUGACUAUACCAGCGGCUUUCAGUCUGGGGAUCUGCUGACUGUCUAAGAUUUUUAAAGGGGUCUGCACCUCCACUGGACAUUUUUUAAGGGUCAGCAAAUGAAGGAAGUGUAGUCCAGUGGCUUUCAACUUAUCUUGCCAGUGUUCAACUUCCAUUUUAAAAAGAUAUCUCAAUAAUUCCAUUCUUCCCUUCUCCACAGGAUGGCAAUGAUUCGGAUGACUUCAUGUGAAUUGGGCAUGCUCUCCUUUCUGAAUCGUGAGAUGGACUGCCACAUCUGAAUUUUU